AUGCCUCCUCCGGCGGGCCUGCUCCCUUGGCCGUCGCCGACCGCCCCGGCGCCUCGUCUCACCACCACCAUCACCACGACCCGACCGCGCCCCCCUCCUCGCGUUCGCCCUCCCCCGCCCCCUCGCCGUGCCCCGUCGUCACCUCCGCCACCUCGGCUCAAACCCGUCGUCGCGCCGAAGCUGGACACCUCCCUGCCCCCGCCACCAGCCAUUGUCUCCAACUACGACCCUGCCUCCACCUGCCUCGGAUGCACCCACUUCGGCUCGUGUUCCGGGUGCACGCACGAGGUCGACCUGGACAAGCCGCCGGUGCUGGAGGAGGUGUCGGAUUUUUUCAAGGCCCACGGAAUUGAAGACUUCACCUUCAGCAGGGGCAGGCUGUCUGAAUGGCGGUGCCGUGCAAAGCUAGCAGUACGUGGAACAUCAGAGAGCCCGCUGAUUGGUUUAUACCAGGAAGGGACACACAUUGUUCAAGAUAUUCCAGAGUGCAGAGCCCAUCACCCAAGCAUUAAUGCUGCUAUUAAGCUUCUGAAACAAGGUAUAUCUAAGCUGAAUGUGCAGCCUUUUGAUGAAGAUGCUGGUACUGGUGAACUAAGAUAUGUGCAGAUGACUGUGACAACAUAUAACACAUCUAUUCCAGUUGCAGAAAGAUACGACCAAGCGAGAGUUCAAGUUUCAUUGGUUUGGAAUUCAAGAGACGAGCGUUCGAAAAAUUCAGAAAAGUUGAGUUUGUUGCAAGAAUUCUUAUGGACAAAUGGCGGACCAAGAAGUAACCUGCAUGUGAUUCACUCUAUAUGGGCCAAUUUUCAGACAUCAACGAGCAAUAUAAUUUUUGGGCAUAAAUGGAGACAUAUCGGCGGGGAGGCAGACCUGUGGGAGCGUUUCGGAGGAGUUGAUAUAUCUCUCGAUCCAUAUAGCUUUGGGCAGGCUAAUACUCUGUCUUUUAACUCAUUACUUCAUAAGUUGAUCAAAUAUGUACCACGUGGCUCAACAGUUGUUGAUUUGUACUCUGGUGCUGGUGUUAUUGGGUUAGCCCUUGCGGCUUCUAGGAAAUGCAGGUCUGUGAAAUGUGUUGAGAUCAACAAAAUGUCGAAGCUUUCUUUUGAGAAGUCAGCAAGCCGACUUCCAACAAACCUGGGCUGCACCAUAACUUGGCACAAUACCGAUGCUUCAGUUGAACCUAUUCACUGGCUUGAAGGAUCAAGUGUUGCUAUCGUAGAUCCUCCCAGGAAAGGAUUGCACCCUUCUGUUAUCAAUGCUCUACAGAGAGUUGGUUUGUCUGAGCGCAAGGCGUACAAGGCUAAAAGUUCACUUACGAAGAUCAAAGAUGAGAAGAGACCAUGGAUCCUACGAGCAAGGGAGCCAGCUGUUCAUGUUGAUAGCACAAUCAUGGAAGAAAGUAGUGAAACAUGGCCAGAAACCCUCAUAUACAUCAGCUGUGGUUGGGAAAGUUUUAAGAAGGACUGCAAAAGCUUGAUAUCUCAUGAGGCCUGGUAUUUGGAGAAUGCUCAUGCUUUUAACUUCUUCCCUGGCACUGAUAGUAUCGAAGUCCUGGCGAUCUUCAGACGGGAAUCUGGAACUACUGAGAAAAAGAAGAAACUAAAAAUGAAAGCCAAAACGAAAACGAAAAAGAAGAAAUCCAAGUAGAUUACCAAAAGGCUGACUCGGCAGAAGCGACGUGGUCAUACCUGAAAGGCUGGAAGUGGCACGGUUUCUGUGUUAAUCUGGUGGAUGCUUGCAUGGGGCUUCUCCAUACUAACCCAGAAAGUUAUGGGUUGCUGUGAGGAAUUUUACAGUGGCAUAACCAAGCGUCAACUCAAGGAUCUCAAAUUAGUCAAGGUAAUUGGAGAAACUCACAUAUCUUGUUUGUCUCAAGAAAUCAUGAACUUCCAUCCUGUGUUAGGAGAACAGAGAUGUAAUAGAGUGGCUUCUAGAGGGAUUCCCUCUUCAUAUAAACCGGCAUUGAAACUGUGUCUGUGUAGGUUAGCUUAAGAGGAAAACUUCAAGGGCAAGGUGACUGAUCUCAUGCUCUGCUUCAAUCCAAUUUUCUCCGUGUGUAUCAGUUCAAGGUUUUUUGCUGGAAAUAUAGAGUGGACCACCUACAUGGUCUGUAUAUGUAGACUUGUAUCUAGGAAAGAGAAACAUUCAAAUGAAAUGGCAACACAUUAUAUGUUCA